AUGCCUAAAGUUUUAGUGCCAGGUUCACAGAAGACCGAUGACCAGAUGCGGGCUUUUGCGGAGAAGGUCUUUGCGUCUGAGACCAAAGACGAGAACAUCCGCGAUGAGAUCUCCAUGUUUGAUGUGGCUGAAGACUGUCCCAUAAUCCACAAUGAGAUGGCCCACCAUCUGCACACUCAGGAUGACGCUAAGAAACGCAAGAGGCUCCAGCAUUGCCACACCAUAGCUGCUGCACAGGCAAAUGCUAUCCCAGAGAUGUCCUUGGCGCUCACCUACCUGGAAGUGCCUGACUUCCAGAGAGUGGCCAUCAUUGGAGACUAUGCCUCUGGGGUGACCAUGGAUGACUUUGAGCUGUCCUGUAAGGGUCUCUACCGCGCCAUGACCAUCAGGGAGAAAUACAUGAGGCUGGCCUAUCAGCGCUUCCCACGGACGACCUCCCAGUACCUGCGUGAGAUUGAGGGAGAGACCUUCAAACCUGAGGAUCAGUUGCAGCCAGUGUUCACACCUCCUCCAAAGAAUGGGGAGGACCCCUUUGACACCAAGGGUUUGCCAAAGAAUCUGGGCUAUGUUGCUCGAAUGAAGGACGGUCUCAUCUACGUGUACAACGACGCUGCAGCUGCUGACCAACAUCAGCCCAAAGACCUGCCCUGCCCUGACUACGACACCUUCAUCGAUGAUAUGAACUUCCUCAUUGCCCUCAUUGCACAGGGCCCAACAAAGACUUACACUCACCGCCGUCUCAAGUUCCUCAGAUCCAAGUUCAACGUGCAUGAGAUGCUGAAUGAGAUGGAGGAGAUGAGGGAGCUGAAGUUGAACCCCCACAGGGACUUCUACAACUGUAGGAAGGUUGACACCCACAUCCACGCUGCCGCUUGCAUGAACCAGAAACACCUGCUGCGCUUCAUCAAGAAGUCUUACCAUGUGGACGCCGACCGCAUCGUGCACAAACUUAAAGGCCGGGAGGUCACCAUGAAGGAGCUCUUUGAUUCCCUCAACCUGCACCCUUACGACCUCACUGUGGACUCACUGGAUGUGCACGCUGGCAGACAAACUUUCCAGCGUUUCGACAAGUUCAAUGCCAAGUACAACCCCGUGGGAGCCAGCGAGCUGCGUGACCUGUACCUGAAGACAGAGAACCACAUCAGUGGAGAGUACUUUGCCACUAUUAUCAAGGAAGUAGCCAGUGACCUGGAGGAUGCUAAGUACCAGUACGCUGAACCUCGUCUGUCUAUCUAUGGCAGCAACGCUGAAGAGUGGAGCAAGCUCGCCGGCUGGUUUGUCAAGCACAGAGUCUUCUCCCAUAACCUCAAAUGGAUGAUUCAAGUACCCAGGAUCUACGAUAUCUUCAGAGGCAGGGACUUUGUGCCCCACUUCGGCAAGAUGUUGGAGAACAUUUUCCUUCCCGUGUUCCAGGCCACCAUCAACCCGCAUGCCAACCCAGAGCUCAGCACCUUCCUCCAGCAUGUGACAGGUUUUGACAGUGUGGACGACGAGUCAAAGCACAGUGGCCACAUGUUCUCCACUAAGAGCCCCAAACCAGAGGAGUGGGACAUCGCCAAGAACCCCUCCUACACCUACUACAUCUACUACAUGUAUGCAAACAUUGCUGUGCUCAACCAGUUCCGCAGACAGAGGGGGAUGAACACAUUCAUGUUCAGGCCUCACUGCGGUGAGGCCGGUGCCGUCACCCAUCUGCUGGCUGCCUUCAUGACUGCUGACAACAUCUCUCACGGCCUCAACCUCAAGAAGAGCCCUGUGCUGCAGUACCUGUACUUCCUGACACAGAUCCCAAUCGCCAUGUCCCCUCUCAGCAACAACAGCCUGUUCCUGGAGUACGCCAAGAACCCCCUGCUGGAGUUCCACAAGAAAGGCCUCGUCGUGUCUCUGUCCACCGACGACCCCAUGCAGUUCCACUACACCAAGGAGCCCCUUAUGGAAGAGUACGCCAUUGCAGCCCAGGUCUUCAAGCUCAGCACCUGCGACAUGUGUGAGAUCUCCAGGAACAGUGUACUGCAGAGCGCCAUGUCUCAUGAGGAGAAGCUCAACUUCCUGGGUCUGGACUACCUGAAGGAGGGUCCAGAGGGCAACGACAUCCGCAAGACCAAUGUGCCCCAGAUCCGUAUGGCAUAUCGCUUUGAGACCCUGAGCUAUGAGCUCAACCUCAUCAAGGAGGGCCUGAAGACUAUGUAAACACACUCAAAUCCGACAUACACCCCCUUAAAACUCAUCUUUAUUGGGAUGUAGAAAAGUUUCUACAUUUAUUUUUCACAGCAACUCUUAAACAAGUGAAUCUUAAAGAAGCUGACCUUCUAACACACUGAGGUUCUCUCCUUUGGAAGAAGAAACUUUUUGAUAAUUGUUUUCACUGUACAUCAUCUGCACGUCUUGCCUAAUUGUCUCGUACAUUACAGCAUGUGUAUUCCAAAGGGGGCAACAUCGUGUAUAAGAAUGACAGGAAAUAAAAUGUAAAAAAAACAAAACAUA